CCAAUAAUGUCGCCGUGCGCCCGUCGCCAGGCGACGGCCCGCCUCGCUGCUGCCCCCGGGGCCGAAACCAUCGCUCACCUCGGGUCGCCUAGGCCCCUGUCAACGCCCGCCACGCCUCCAAAGCCCAGGCGGGCUGAGGUACUAGGAAUGCUUCGAGUGCGAACGGCGGUCGCCGUUUAAUACUAGCUGCGAGUCCGGAAGCGUGCGGCGUGGAGCGGCCGUGUGCCAUGGAGCUCGCCGAGGGCGUCCUCCUCCUGAUCGCCUUCUGCAGCGCCGUCUUAGCAGGGCAGUACUCGUCGGGCGGCAGCAAGCAGCACGUGUACGUGACGAGCAAGGCGGCCGACAAGAAGGAAGACGUGUGGUGUUACCAGUGCGAGACCAUGGACAUAGACGACCCCUGCGUCAACAUGAUGGAGAACCGCACCAGCAUGAUUCGCAAAUGCCCCGACACCGACCGCAUCUGCUCGGGGAAACCGCUAUCACGCUACACCGGACCGCUUGCUGGACAAAACGGGACGCUGGUGACGCGCAUAUGAUGGUCGCUGGUGCCGCAACUGCCGACGCAAGCGCUGCCCGGACGCCGGCUGCAUUCCGUGAUGGCGAGCGCACCAAGCUGCACGCGUGCAACCGCCUGCUGCGAGACGUUCGCUGUGCAACAUCAUGACGGGCCCGACGCGACGCCGCCGCGGCCGCGGGCCCCGCCG